AUGGAUGAAGAGAGAGAUUUUAUGACAUGGUAUCAAGAUGAGCUUUUAAAGAAGUGCUUGACAUUGAAUUCUCUGAUCGAGCAAGCACAUCAAGUAUUAGAAACAAAUCAAAAUGCCAAACAAUUUUGCUCACAAUUUUUCACAGAUUUAUUUGUUGACGAAUUUCAGGACACUUCUUUCAAGCAGUACGAACUUUUGAAACUUGCAGCCAGUCAUGACCAUUUGAAAAAUAUGACCGUUUUUGGAGAUCAAAAUCAAUCCAUUUAUUCAUUUAUUGGAUCAAAUGGAGUGAAAUUGUUCGAAAAGUUUAAAAAUGAUUUUACAGUUCUUGUGAUGGACAUGGUAACAAAUUAUAGAAGUACCUCUGAAUUGGUCGAUGUUGCGAAUUGUUUCAUGAACACCAGAACACUCAAAAGAUCCUCUGCGCCAACAACACAAAAUGAGAACAGUUGUAUUGUAAAUCAAUUUGACUCUGUUUUACAGGAAAUUCAAUUUAUUACAAACAAAAUUAAGAAUCUAUCAAUGAAUGGAGUGAAUUUGAACAGUAUUUGUGUUUUAUUUCGAAGAGACAAAUUGCGGAAUGAUGUUGCAGAAUCGUUGACAAGAGGGUAUAAAAGUAGCCUCUCCAGAAAAUGA